AUGGAGAAUUCAACAAAAUUCAGCGAGUACGAAAGCAACCGAGCGAAACUGGUCGCCGAUGAACAGAAGUAUAGAGGAGACUAUGGGUUUGUUAAAUCUCUUUCGCCUACAGCCCAAGCCGCCAGCACUAUAGUUUCUCGCCUUCAACAGUUCAACCGGCAGGUUCUUUUUGAUCCAUUUGAGUCAAUGAGUCCCUUACGUUCAGACUCUGGCUUCCCCCGCAUCAAAGAAUCCAUGGCAAGGACAGCUUUAUUAGAGAUAAUGAAAAAGUUACCAAAGGGAGCAAUUCUUCACGCCCAUCACGCUGCUUGCGUUUCGAUUGAUUUUAUCAUUGAGAAGAUGAUCGAGACCCCGGGCAUGUAUAUCAGCGCUUCAAGGCCCCUUGACGAAUGGUGGGCAAAAAGAGAGAAGAGAAUAAAAAUAAAAUUCACAUACAGUUCUUCGCAACCUCGACAGACUAGAAGCUCAGUGAAUAAUAUUUGGGAUCCUGAUUACAUACCCAACUCACUUGUUCCAGUCUCUCUUGCGGCGUCUACAUACUGCGAUUACCCUUCUACUGCGAACUAUGACAAAUAUCGUAUCGCACCUGGUUUUGAAAGACAACCUCUUCGGGGCAAGUCUUACUUCAUCACCUGGUUGAGGACUCGAUUAACGAAGACGGAGUCCCAGCCUCCAUAUGUCAGUGGAAGUAUCAACGAAGCUUGUAAUACAUUCCAGAGUGGGAAAAAGCUACUUGAUACGAUAAUUCACAACGAGCCAAUUUUCCGACCAUUACUCAAGCGAAUUUUUGAAGGGUUGGACGAGGAUAACGUUAAGUGGAUAGAGAUUAGGAUGGUUUUCAAAGUUGAAUUUCGAUUAGAGUGGAGUGAUAAACCAUCUGGAGAGGUUGAAAUGGCAAGAGUAAUCUGGGAAGAAAGAGAAAAGUUUGCAAUCGCGAUGAAAAAGAAAAACAAAGAAUGGUGGGGACUGCGGAUUAUCUGGACAGGCUUGAGACUGUGGAAAGAUGAAGAAAUCAAAGCCGAUAUGGAGGCUUGCAUGCGUGUGAAGGAACGAUAUCCAGAUUUGAUCUCAGGAUACGAUCUAGAGGGACAAGAAAAACUCGGUCGUACGCUCGAAGAUCUCGUACCUAUUUGCCUCUGGUUUAAGCAACAAUACGAAAGCCGCAACUUAAACAUUCCAUUCUUCUUGCAUGCAGGAGAAUGCUUGGGUAAUGGUGAUGUAAAUGACCAUAACCUUUACGAUGCCAUUCUUCUAGGUACUCGACGUAUUGGUCAUGGAUAUUCACUUCCUAGGCACCCACUGCUGGAAAAGAUUUGUAAAGAGCGACAAAUUAUGAUCGAGUCCUGUCCACUCUCAGAUGAAAGUUUGAGAUUAACAAAUUCUGCUAAUGCUCAUACUCUACCAAUGCUGUUGGCAAAAGGUGUAAGUGCUAGUUUGAAUUGUGAUGACCCGUUUUUAUUAGGUCAAGAAACAAUAGGCGUUUCAAUGGAAUUCUUCAUGUGCAUCUGGUCAUGGGAUAAUCUAGAUCUGGGUGGUCUGGGUCAUUUGGCGCAAAACAGUGUGAGGUGGUCACAAUUUGAAGAUCAGACUGACGAAGAUUGGCAAUCGGGAAUCCGAUCAGGUGAGAAGUCAAGGAAAGGAUUAAAGGCACAGAGAAUGCGAGAGUGGAAGAAAGACUGGGAAGAAUUUUGUGCUUGGGUUGUUGAAAGAUACGGAGAGCCUUGGGGAAACGAAGAUACUUUCAAGGCUACUUUGGAAGAGAGAGCGGAAUUGGUGGAGCAAAAUACGGCAGAUGAAGAUGCGGUAGAAAAAGAACUUGAUAGAAUAGCAGCCCGGUUCAAGGAAAAAGAAGAGUCGAUAAGAGAAUGGAGGAAGAAAGAGAUAAAGAGAAGGAAGUUCAUUACUAAAGCGAAGGAACUGAUGGCCGAGGAAAAGUUACAGAAAAAUAUGUCAAAAGGCUUGAAGGAACCUCCUGACAGUCCUGAUAAGACUCCAAAGAUGGUGUUGAAGAAGCUACCAAAGAGUUAG